ACUUCCCGCCGAUACGGUUCUUAGGAUUUACGUCACGUGAACAGGAAACGGUUAUGAUUGGUUGAUAAAUAUAUGUCUCUGGUAUAGAUGGCGCUGUAUAUCCACGUGAUAACGAAAUGGCGACCUGCAAUUUUGUUGACAUUUCUUGUUUGUUAAAGGCAUCAUCGAAAGAUGUUGUACAUAAGACAUGUCAGGAGGCUUUCCUGUACAGAGACAGACGGAAAGUUCCAGAUACAGUUGUCAGUAACAUAGCAACACAGUAUGGUAUAUCUUCUGAAGAAGCUAAAAAGUUGCUCGUAUCCCUGGGUUCACUGAUGAAAAGUGCUGUUUUCCAAGGUUCGGUAGAGCCAUCAGAACUGAUUAAACUAUUUCCAAAUGACUUUCACAAAAGUUUGAGGGACCUUUUAGCAAAAAUUAUGAUAGAAAAUAUGUCAACAUGGCGAGCCCAGGCUGUAAAUAAUCAGGUUUCACUACCUCGGAUGGUUGACUUUGACUGGAGAGUUGAUAUCAAAACAUCGUCUGAUUCUAUAGCAAGAAUGUCUGUACCUACAUGUAUAUUACAAAUGAAGGUUCAAGAUAAUCCAAAUAGAUUGGACACAGUGGCCGACGUAUCCAACGUUAACGUUGAACUAUCUAAAGAGACACUAGACACAAUGUUAGACGGGCUGUCUAAAAUUAGGGAUCAGUUAUCAUCAGUGGCUAAUAGAUAGUAAUCAAAUAAGACUUUAAAUGAUCAAUUACAAGGACCAGUUUUAUAAUAAUUACCCUUACCAUGCCAAAUAUCUUAAAAUGGAUUUGUCCAUCUUUCAAAUUGGACAUGACCAUUUAUCAAUUUUAGGGAAUAUUUCAAAAUGUGUACAGUUUGAAUAGCCGACAGUGCAGACAAAUGAUCAGAAGGCACCAUUGUGACGGCUGAUUUUGGUCUGCACUGGUCGCAUGGCUAAAUUUAGUAGCCUUUACCCUGUUUUGGGUCUAAAAUACUUGCAUAUUUUAGCAGCAUGCCUCCAGAUGAGUAAAAUUUGUUUAUUAGAAAUGAAACUUAAGAAAAAUCAAUUAAAGUUUAAAAAAUGUCCACAAGGUGGAACUUUGAAUGUAUUUAGCAAAUUAUGACAGAAUUUACUCAUUUUAUUACCACAAUUUUUCUCCAUUUUUAACAUUGUCAAAGAAAUGUUUGCAUUAUUAGCACAAGUUAAAGGUAAAUUCUGUGGAUAGUGAGUGCCUAAAGUUAGCUUAAAGCACUUAUUCAUUUGUAUGCUUGACAACAAUUUUACUCAUUCGGACAAUUCUGAAGUUUCGUAAAAAUUAAUAAAGAAAUCUAGGGGCAUGCUGCUUUAUUGGUACAGUACUACUAUACUUAUGUAUUGUUCAAAGAAAAUGUGAAAUAAAGAAGUAAAAUUUCCGUCUGUUAGAUAGAAAAAGAGAUGAAAGUUGAUAGUACUGAGCACAGCUGUGAUAAGUUCAUCAUAACAUGUAGUAGUCUUUGAAAAGAAAUUCAUUUGGUUAAGAUCCAUUUUGAAAUGUAUGAUUUUGCUCUGUGCCAUCCCCCACCCAAUUUAUCAAUACAUUAUGACAUUGUCCUGUGCUUUAUAUGACUUACAUUUAUAUACCCAGUACAUGUAUGUUACAUUUAUAUGGUCCCAGUAUAUAUCAUUUGUCAUUUAUUAAUCAUGGAAUUGUUUCCAUAUUCCAUCACUGAAUUGUUUCCAUAUACCUUAUUUUUGCAAACAUUUAAUUAAUACAUGUAAAUGAAUACCGUACUUUACAAUUAGCUUUAUAGUAAAAGUUAUACAUUGUAAGUGAAUCAGGCAAAUUACUUUAGUUGUGAUUGAUCAUGAAAUCCUUUAUAUGGUCAUUCACACUAUACCUCUGCUCUGGCAUGUACAGAAGUAACUAGCAGGUCCGUGCAAAAGUGAAGUCAUAUCAUACUGGUUAACCUCUUGACAGUCUGCUUAGGGCAAGAUAUUACAUGUACAUGUACCUGGUUAUGAUUAUUUUUUUCUGAUUGACAAAUUUUGUUAUCUAAAUUGACUACUGUCAGAUUCAUAUUGUGAAUUUUUAGAAUAUUUGACUGUACCAGUACUUCUUUUUCUUGCCUUUCUUCUUGGUAUAGGUCUGAAAUGCAAAAAAUUGCAUGUAACAAAAUAAUCAAUAUAUGAAACUCCAGAUAGUGUACAUAUAAGGCUGAACAAAUUGUUGUGAACUUUGAUUUUACAUUAUAUCAUUUCAAAUUUUGAUAUCAGUUUGUGCAAUAAAAUAUAAACUAUGUAAA